ACUGAAAGGUGUCUUCAGAUAUUUAGUGAAUAACCACAAGUAUAGCAUUGAUAUUCAGAAAAUUCUACCACAAACAGAACCCCGGAAAACAAAGAGAGGGCCGCUUCAACAAACAAAACGAAAUAUGUGCAGUAAAGGAAAAUGUUUUCUUAGAAGUACUUCAACAAGAAAUCUUGAAAAGGUUCAAACAAAACAAGCAAUCUGGAGCAGUCGCAUAUAAAGCCAUCCAUCACUCCAGUAAGUCGUGCCUCAGAUCCCAGUAAACAAAUAAACCAGAGUCCAGGGAACCAUCACCGAAGGAAAUGAGUCAUGAGAAACAAAUCUUAGUGAUGUUUGCAUUGGAACAAGUUGUAACAGGUACAAGACAAGUUUAUGUGAACUCAGAGAAAGUGUGUAUACAUAAUUUAAAUAUAUUAAACAUUAGAUCUACGGUCUGUGUAAAAUGUAAUUUAUGGGAGGCCCCUGAUGGUUCAGUGGCCCUAGUUUGCUCGUGUCUUGAGCAUGUGACACGUGAAAAGGUUUAGUGGGUGUGAAUAUUUUUUUCUAGGCUCUGUUAGCAGGGCUUCCUAAAGCCACUCACGGCAUUUGCUCUGCUGCAGGCAAAGCAGAGGAUUUGAUGGCCAGGUUAAUCUGCAUUUUAAGUAAGAGUUAGAGCAGUGCUGUGAUUGGUCGGUAUACUCACAGAAAACGAACAUCACCUCAAUGAUUCAAAGCUCUACAACUGCUGCUGCAGCCUGAGGCGGAGACAUUAUGAGGACCAUCUUGGUCGUUGUAUCAUUGAUGUCUGUCCUGCACUUUGCCUGUGGGCAGCAUUUGGGCCUCAGAGAAGGGAAGUUUACAUUUUAUGAAAUACAGAAACCCUGGAGCGAAGCCCAGGCCUCCUGCAGGGAGCAUCACACUGACCUGAUCACUAUCAGGACAGAAACAGACAUUCAGGUGCUGAACGGUACCAGGGGCUGGAUUGGACUGCACCGAGACAACAACACGAGCGACUGGAAAUGGUCCAGAAGAAACGAGACAGCAACCUUCCUCAACUGGGAUGAAAACGAACCGUCACAAAAUGAGCACUGUGUCUUCCAGCGGCCGCUCACUAAGAAGUGGUCAAGUGUUCCUUGUAGCGCAACACGUGUCUUCAUUUGCCACGAUGACGGGCUGGUUCUGGUGAAGGAGAAUAAGACGUGGGACGAGGCGUUGGAGCACUGCAGGACUCUGAACAAAGUCAAUAGCUACGACCUGGCAACCCUCACCACAGACGACGACCACAAUUUUGCACGACAGACAAUCCAACUGGCAACCACUGAGGAGGUGUGGACCGGCCUGCGUUACCUUGGUGAUGAGUGGUUCUGGGUGGGCGGAGAACCGGUGCAGUACCAGAACAUUCCAAGCUGCCCGGCUGUGAGAUGUGGAGUCCUGGAGAAGAACAGCAAGUCAUCCUUUAGUAUCAGAGACUGCAAUGAGAGAAGGAACUUCUUCUGUUACUUAAAAUCUAGAAUCCUGUAGAAAAACUAUUUGAUGAAAAGAGGCUCUUCUCUUAAGGUUAUAGCUUAAACUAACUGAAUGGAUGGAUGGCAAGAAUAAGCCAUGUUAGAAGCUUUCUAUUCAAAGAACUAGUUGCUGUAUGAAUGUAAGUUAUCAUAUAUUAUGAAUUCUGGAUAUGAAGUUGAGGGUUUCAUUGAAUCAUGACUAUUGACUUCAGUUGCCAUGUUUACAGCUCCAAACACAUUCAAUGAAUUAGAACAUUAUUGGAAAGUCUUUUUUUUUUUUUCAACAACUACAGAAUGUCAUGAAGUGAAACACAUUAUAUAGAUUAACUACACCAAUGGAUAUCUGAAAGCUGUUAUUUAUGUUAAUUAUGAUGAUUUUUUGCUAUACUUAAAGGGGCAGUUUUAUGUAAAAAAUUUUAAGCUUGGAUGAGAGCAGACUUCCCCCCACUGGUUCUGUCAUAUGUGGCUACCUACAUAUUUAAGUGGAUCACAUGUUUUAAUAUAUAAAAUUGUGUUAAGUGUUAUGUUGUUAGUAGAAUCCUCUGAAUUAUUUGUAAACAAUAAAUAAGUUGUGGUUGGAAAC